ACCUGGAGGGAGGCGGAGGAAUAUGUCCGAGAGGGAAGUGUCGACUGCACCGGCGGGAACAGACAUGCCUGCAGCCAAGAAGCAGAAGCUGAGCAGCGAUGAGAACAGCAACCCCGACCUCUCUGGAGACGAGAAUGAUGAUGCUGUCAGUAUAGAAAGUGGUACAAACACUGAACGCCCCGAUACACCUACAAACACACCAAAUGCACCUGGAAGGAAAAGUUGGGGAAAGGGAAAAUGGAAGUCAAAGAAAUGCAAAUAUUCUUUCAAAUGUGUAAAUAGCCUCAAGGAAGAUCAUAACCAACCAUUGUUUGGAGUUCAGUUUAACUGGCACAGUAAAGAAGGAGAUCCAUUAGUAUUUGCAACUGUAGGAAGCAACAGAGUUACCUUAUAUGAAUGUCAUUCACAAGGAGAAAUCCGGUUGUUGCAAUCUUAUGUGGAUGCUGAUGCUGAUGAAAACUUUUACACUUGUGCAUGGACCUAUGAUAGCAAUACAAGCCAUCCUCUGCUAGCUGUAGCAGGAUCCAGAGGCAUAAUUAGGAUAAUUAAUCCUAUAACGAUGCAGUGUAUAAAGCACUAUGUUGGCCAUGGGAAUGCUAUCAAUGAGCUGAAAUUCCAUCCAAGAGAUCCAAAUCUUCUCUUGUCAGUAAGCAAAGAUCAUGCUUUACGAUUAUGGAAUAUCCAAACGGACACUCUGGUGGCAAUAUUUGGAGGCGUAGAAGGGCACAGAGAUGAAGUUCUAAGUGCUGAUUAUGAUCUUUUGGGUGAAAAAAUAAUGUCCUGUGGUAUGGAUCACUCUCUUAAACUUUGGAGGAUCAAUUCAAAGAGAAUGAUGAAUGCAAUUAAGGAAUCUUAUGAUUAUAACCCAAAUAAAACUAACAGGCCAUUUAUUUCUCAGAAAAUCCAUUUUCCUGAUUUUUCUACCAGAGACAUACAUAGGAAUUAUGUUGAUUGUGUGCGAUGGUUAGGCGAUUUGAUACUUUCUAAGAGUGGCCGUGCCAUUUUACAUUCCCACCAGCAAUGUAUGAGAGAUCCAGUGUCUCCGAAUCUUCGCCAGCAUUUGUCUUGUGAAAAUGCCAUUGUGUGCUGGAAACCUGGCAAAAUGGAAGAUGAUAUAGAUAAAAUUAAACCCAGUGAGUCUAAUGUGACUAUUCUUGGGCGAUUUGAUUAUAGCCAGUGUGACAUUUGGUACAUGAGGUUUUCUAUGGAUUUCUGGCAAAAGAUGCUUGCAUUGGGCAAUCAAGUUGGCAAACUUUAUGUUUGGGAUUUAGAAGUAGAAGAUCCUCAUAAAGCCAAAUGUACAACACUGACUCACCAUAAAUGUGGCGCAGCUAUUCGACAAACCAGUUUUAGCAGGGAUAGCAGCAUUCUUAUAGCUGUUUGUGAUGAUGCCAGUAUUUGGCGCUGGGAUCGACUUCGAUAAAAUAUUUUUGCCUAAUCAAAAUUAUAGUGUGUUGUCUGUGUAAAAUAGAAUUAAUGUAUCUUGCUAGUAAGGGCACAUAGAGCAUUUUAGAGUUGUCUUUCAGCAUUCAAUCAGGCUGAGCUGAAUGUAGUGAUGUUUACAUGGUUUACAUUCUUUGUACUGUCUUCCUGCUCAGACUCUACUGCUUUUAAUAAAAAUUUAUUUUUGUAAA